UGGUGCUCAUGGUAACCAUCGUAAACACCAUUCAUGCUCUCCUGCUCCUCCUCCUACUUUUUUCGGCUUUACAGCGUUACCAAAGCCGAUGAAAAUGACCAGCGUGGAUCACAGCGACGACCGCUAUUACGAAAAAAUAACAUCGAUUCAACAAAGCAUGAAUAAAAGGGAGAAACGAAGACUGGAGUUGGAGAGAGAACUAUUUGCCUACUCUAAAUCCGAUAAAAGAAUCUCACAGAUAAAGUGUUCCAAACUGCGCAGCUAUCUCAAGGAAAUCUCUGACAGGGAAGCACGAGCGAAAAUGAGAAACCUUGAGCUUCUGAGAGAUGUGGAGUGCAUAGAAAUUAACAUGAAGGAAUACAGUCCUAACCAUGGCACUCUGCAGCAACAAAAGGCAGAUGUUUUAAACAAGAUUUCCAAAUAUAUGGAAAAGAGGAUGACAAAAGAACGAGACCUUGAAGCAGCAAAGGAAGUACACAGACAUUACCAGGACAUCUCCUCUGCUAAUCCAGCUAAGGAUUUUACACAACCACCAACUUUAAUGGCACUGGACAGCCAGACCUCCACUGGGUCUGAUGUUGAUGCUGGUACCACAAGUGUACACUCACACCAGGCAUUGCAUCGCUCACCCAAUUGCAGCGUGCACUUCCGCGAAUGUCUACCAAGUGGCCUUUUGAAGGACUUCAGAGUUGGCGGAGAGGAUGCCGCCAGCAACCGAGCACAUUUAUCAGAUGACAUUUCAGGCUCAAACGAUUCCCCUGACGGCUGUAAUUUGAGUGACAAACAUGAAAGAACGAUGGCAGUGCUCCCAUCUGUUCGUGCCUUAACAAACGCAGCUGGGAAUGUGCGUUCUGGAAGUGAUGAUGAACAAGAACCUUCACCUCUGGUGACCUUGACGGGGCAUGAGGAGAAUCUGUCUCCCACCGGCAGAGGCCCUCUGGGGGCUAACAAUCCCCAUGCACAACACACAGACUCCCAAGAGCUGACUCAUCGGCCACCCGCAUUGGGAGAUACAGAGAAAGUUCCCUGCCACUUGAUGUCUCAAAGUACCACUGGAAAAAAAUCUCAAGGUCCGCCAGAUCCAAGAAGUUGUGAGAGCACACCAAGUUCAGAUGUGAAGCUGUCUGUAAGCAGUGCUACUGACCUGUCCAUUUCUCUGACCCAGUCUGAGCUGGAUGAAGAUCUACCAGAGAGUGAAGCACUUGAUAAGUCCACAGCCUCUGAUGGAGCUGAUGAUCACAGUCAGAACAGUCCUGAAUCUUCUUUCCACUCUGAAGUGUCCAAAAAUGCAUCUCCAAAGUUGAACUUGGAAAGACUUUCCCAGAAAGGACUCUUCAACUUGCUAGACUGCAUUGAAGGACGGCUUCAUGAUGAACAGACCAAUGUGUAUGAUAACCCUUCGAUUGAUAAAAAGCAACUCGACAGAGUUAUCAGCCUUUGUAACAGCGGAGCAGGCUUGAAUGACGAGGACCUUAAAACAUGUGGAGCAGUCGUCGUUCAUGAGCUUCAGAGGUUGUCAUGGAGCACAAUGAAGGGCUGCCUUCUACCACAGGAUCUAGUGAGUGCUCACCGGUCCAACACUGAACCAAAUGAAAUAAGUGCCAGCCUCCCUCCUGAUGCUGCUCAGCUGUGGGAUCGCUGGUUCAAGCACGCCCUUCUGCUCAAGGAGCGCCAUGUCCUCAGCACUGAGCACUUGGUCCAGCUGUUCACGCCACUGUUACUGGAGCGCCAUGCCACCUACAGCCACCAGGCCAAAGUGCUGCUGAGGACACUUCUGUCCCGGUCCAGUGAGGAGUGCCCCUCAGCGGAGGACGAGAGUGACUUGUCUUCCUCCUGUGGCCCUUCGUCUCUGCCGGCUGAUUGUGGAAAUGUGAAGCCAGUACAAGAACGGAUCCAAGAACUACAAAGUACUGAAGAGGACAGCCACGACGAAAGCCCUGUGGAAAGUGUUCCUAUUAGAGAGACAAAAGCAUAUCAGUUACUUAAACAAUCAGCCAUGCAGGACAGGCUGCAGAGUUCUAAAGAGGUUGAUGAUGAUGAUGAUGAUGACGAAGAGGAGGAGGAGGAUAGCCCAUCAGGGAUAAAUCAUGGACAUGAAGAGGACCUGGGGAGGGCCAAACGCUCCUCACAUCAAGACCCUUACCCUCGGCGAUGCAUGCAGGUCUCUGACAACUCGGUGGGAGGAGAGAUUAAAGGGUGAGAGGAACAUGAGCUGAGAGAAAGGAGGGAAGCUAAAGAGAAAGCAGGAGACAGAGAGACAGUAUCAGACAAAGAGUUGACACCUGAGAGUAUUCCUUUAUCAAAUUAUAUAAAUGAAGUGACAUGUGUAUAGGCAAAAAAAAAGAUAUUUAAGGACGAUAAGUCAUGUGGCAGCACAGCUUAUACAAGAUGCACUUCUGUGGUUAUUUAGGUCUCAGUAGCACAAUAACCACACAAGGACAUGAACAUACAAAACAUGUUUUUACUGCCAUAUUUCUUCAUCCCUCAUAUAUUGUGAUAAUGUAAUAAAAAAUUAAAUAACUACGCAAAAACAAACAGGACUGACUGUAGAGGAAGACAGCAUUUUGAGAUGCUGACCAGAGGAGGUCACUGUCCUUCACUUGCAGAAAAAGCUUUGUAGGGUAUUAGAAAAAGAUCUAUGCUAAUGCAUAUAUACUCUCUGAACUUGCCUUGUUUGGGUUUUAAUUACUCAUUAAAGCAAUAUCAAGGAGACAAGUCAAUACAAAAUCAGUGUCUUUGUAAGUAAUUAGCUGUGAUAUGGUGGGAAAAGAGAAAAUAUAUUAAAUAUAUCUUUACUGCUGUUGGGUGGAUUGUUUUGUGUGUGGGUAUACUAGACACAUUUGCAAUAAAGACUAUGUUUAUUAAGAGGAGUGAUCUGCCCUUCAACUAUCCCCUGCACUAGAAUGCCAGCAGUCAGGAGGAGGGUCUGUGUUGAAAUCAUCACACAAAUGCCUCUUCCUCUUAGUUGCAGUACUUACUCGUUGCCAGCAGAGAGCACUCACACGUUAGGGAGUGCCCACUCACAGUGCACUCACAGUUGUCUCUCACUGUUUGCCCCCACUGAGGGCUAUAUCCUGCUACCAUUCAGGCCCGUUAGAGUACAUCUAAACGAAGCCUAAACAAUGUUUCUGUGGGGUCAUAGCUGGGAUGGGAGUAGGAGUUGAUGGGAAUGAUGAGGUGAUGGGUCUCCCUUUACCUUUAGACAAGCACCGCUGCGCAAAAGUGCUAUUGUGCUAUUAGCAUUUGUGUGUGGGUGGCAGGAGCUUAAAAAAAGCCAGGGUAAAUAAAAGCAGUUUUCCAGCUAACGUUGUGUCCAAGCUCCAGUUUAAUGCUUGAUAAGCACUAUUUCUCCAGACCGUGCACACACUUUCUUACCAUUUUUAGGUUUAUUGGCCAAAUCUUAAAAAAAAA